AUGAAAGAAAAAAUGAACCACUCACUAUCAGCUACUAUACUCCUUGCACUUCUUAUAUUUACUACAGUAAUAUGGAAGGCGCAAACAUGUGAACUAACGACGAUUGGAGGUGGUUGUCCUGAUCUUUCAAAAUGCAUGCAAACUUGUCUACCAUGUUAUAAGGGCAUAGGUCAAAUCAGAUACUAUUGUCGUUCUGGAGGUUUUCCUAUAUUACUACCUACAUGUGUUUGUGUAAUGACCAAAGGUGCUCCCUGUCAAGUACCUGGCUGCCCUAAACCUCCUGCAGCUGCCUUAUCUGCCAACUUCAAUCAAACUCAAAUGAAUAUUACAGCUUAA